GAGCGGUGACAUCAGCCACGAAGAAGUUUGGCGACAGGUUUACGGUUGAAUCGAGCUGGUGUGACUAGUUUGCAUGCCUUGUUAGUCGACUAUGGCGACCAACAUUUAUUUUCUCAACUCCUUUGAUACUUGCGUCGAUGACCAUCUGGCCGGUCAAGUAAGUGUCCACCCAGGACAAAGGCUGCUGGAGGGACCGCAUCGUGUCGUUGUGAGGGCGGAUGUAAAGAAGGUUAUUGAGCAGGGUAAAGUAACAUUGCUGUGUGGCGGUGGCUCGGGUCACGAACCCGCCUUUGCAGGUUACGUUGGUGAAGGACUCCUCAGUGCCUCAGUUUCUGGCCCUGUUUUCACAUCACCUCCACCAAUGAGCAUCAGUGCUGCUAUCAAUGCCAUCUGUACACCAGAAUCUAAAGGUGGCUGCCUCCUUUUGCUUCUCAACUACACUGGUGACCGCCUGAAUUUUGGUUUGUCCCUGGAGAACUGCCGAAGUCAGUGGCCAAAGGUCAGCUUGGAUUCGGUCAUCAUUGGUGAGGAUUGUGCAUCUACCUCCAACACUCGAUCUGCCGGACGGAGAGGACUUUGUGGAAGCAUACUGGUGAUGAAGAUUGCUGGUGCCAUGGCAGAAGAAGGCAGGAGUCUGGCUGAGAUUACAACUGUCUGUCGGGAUGUACUCAAGUGCAUCUGUACCAUUGGCCUUAGUCUCAGUGGUUGUACCGUUCCAGGGGUUGGCCCUCUCUUCUCUUUGGAGGCAGGUGAAAUGGAACUUGGCCUGGGUCUCCAUGGAGAAGCAGGUGUGAAGAGACUCAAGUUUUCCUCUGCCAAAGAUGCUGUGACUGUGAUGCUGGAUCACAUGUUCAAUCCUGAUAACUGCAAUGGAUUCCGGGCUAGAUCUGGAGAGGAAGUGGCCUGUAUCAUCAAUAACCUAGGGGGCCUUACAACUAUAGAACUGAAUACAAUUGCAAAAGAAACUAUAAAAUAUCUCGAAUACAACAAGAGUCUGUGUGUCAGCCGUGUUUACUGUGGUACCUUCAUUACAUCCCUAAAUAUGAGGGGUGUCUCCAUAACUCUUCUCCACCUCAACAAAACCUACAAUAAAUACUUGGAUGCUCCUACCACUGCACCCAGCUGGCCUCGGUCAUACCUACCCGUAGGUACCACUGACCGACAUACUCCUACAACUGUCAACGUCCAAACUAACACGUUUACUGAGAAGCCAAAGAUGACCAACACUUCUGCUGUGAAACAUGUUGCACGCCAUGAGCUGCUGAAGCGAGUCUGUGAGUCUCUGUUGAAGAAUGAGGAAUAUCUGAAUCAGUUGGACACUGUUUGCGGUGAUGGGGAUUGUGGGAGUACCCUGGCACGUGGGGCCCAAGCGGUCAUCGAAAGACUGAACACGGUGCAGCAGUGUCACUUGGCCGUGGACAACUGGACCAAUCUGGCUGAGGACUUGGCAGAGAUUGCAAAGAACUGCAUGGGCGGAACCUCAGGAGCCAUCUACUGCCUGUUCUUUACUGCUGCUGCUCGGGAACUAGAACAACAAUCUUCUGAUGUGACAGGUGCAGGUUGGUGCAAGGCUCUAGGGGCUGGGCUGGAGACCAUUCAAAGGUAUAGUGGUGCCAAUCCUGGAGAUAGAACUAUGGUCGACCCAUUGCACUCUGCUUAUGAAAUGUUUGGAAAAACCUUGAAAGAAAAAGAUUUGGUUAGUUCCUUCAGGCUGGCUGUCGAGGCAGCUGAAUCGGGUGCUGAAGCCACAAAGUCCAUGUCUGCCCAAGCAGGACGUGCCAGCUAUGUGAGUUCCGAGUUACUCGAUCGACCUGAUCCUGGGGCAGUUGGGGUUGCACUUUGGUUGAGGGCGAUUCUAGAUAAUUUGUGAGAAGUUGCUGCAAGAGGGACCAGAUUGUCACUUUAUCAUAGCUUAUACAGCCCUUUAUUCAAGAUUCUGUGAUGUUUAGAAUGAUCAGAGAAAAACAAUCAUGAUAUGUGCUAUCUCUUCCAUUUCAUGAUUGCCGUGGCAAUAUUAUCACCAUCAUCAUCACAAUUGCCAUUACUGUUAUUACCAUUGGCAUUACCAUAUAUGGAAUGAGGGUUCCAUUCAGUGUGGGAGAUGCUGAGUGGCACUAUGAAUCAAUCAGAAGACAUCCUCUCAUUGCUUAAGGAAUAAGAAUUUUGCCAUUAAUAUUAAGGGUUUUUUUGUCCAUCUUUACGUCCUGGGUUCAAAUUCCGCCAGUGUCAACUUUGCCUUUUCAUCCUCUUGGGGUACCAGUUGCAUACUGAGGUUGAUGUAAUCGACUUACCCUCACCCCAGAAAUUGCUGGCCUUGUACCAAAAUUUGAAACAAAUAUUAAGGGGUUAGCCUCGAUCUUAAUGGCAAGAAUCCUGGAUACAUGAGCCCUUGGAUGAACAUUGUUGGAUUGAAACUAUAAAAGGGCCACUAUAUCGACCAUUCAUACUGUGCCAUCAAAAUAGUCUGUUUAUAUAGCUUUCUUAAUAAAAAUAGCAGCCAAAUCUCCCUCAAAUUGCAUCUUUAUUUCAUGAUUAAUUGGAACAAAUGUAGAUUAUUUCAAUGGAAAUAUAGUAAGGAAAGUGUUAAAUUGUCAGCUUUCAGCAAACCAAACAAUAUAACUUAAAAGGGAAUUGCCAGGGGUGUAUGUGCGCACACGAACACAUUAGAGCAUUAUUAAUAAUAAUUAUAAGAAUAAUUAUGAAAAUAAUCUGGUAAAGCAGUAAAAAUACAGAUGUAAUUAAUAUUAUUAAUUAUAGUAUUCUGGAGUUAAAUAUUAUUAAUUACAGUAUUCUGGAGUUAAAGGGAAUUAUUUUUUUUAAUUACAAAUUAUUUUUGAUUAAGAAUUAUUAAAUGAAUUUAUUUUCUUUGCCAA